AAUUUAUAUAAUCAUUCAAAAGUAUAACUAUUUUAAUUAUUGGAAACUGCGUGGAAUCUAUGGUCCGACACCAUUACCACUGUAUGGCAACUAUUUGAACACUAUAUUCGGUUAUCAUUAUAAACAACUAUUAGCAUGGUCAAACAAGUUUGGCAAUGUUAUUGGCACCUACCGUUUUUCACGACCCGAACUAAUCAUAUCGGAGCCGAAUACAGUCCAUCAGAUAUUGGGUACCGAUGCCCUGAAAUUUCCCCGUCAACGGGACUGGUAUAUCAUUAAACAGUUGACCGAUUAUCAGCUAUAUGUAGGCAUACAUAACAAGUAUAGUAUGCAAGUGUUGGCCCAAUUGUUUCGGCCGGAAAAUCUGAAACAAAUCAGACAGACAACGGAAACUGUUUGCCGACAAUUUGUGGCCAAAGAGUUUCUGGACCGGAAACCGCCGAUCGCUAAACUAGAGGUCAAACAUCUGAUGGACGAAUUGGUAAUUAAGAUAAUGAUUGUCUGUUCGUUUGGCCGCUGUUUCGAUGAUGUCGGUAUCGAUUUCAAUAGGUUUAUGCAAUCGGUACCAAAGUUUGAUCAAAAUCGGCGGCUAAUGUUGGCCACUUUGAUCUGGCCACGGCUAGUCGAUCCAGUAUUUCGUUUGUAUGAUAAACUGUUUGGCGGUCGACAACAAUAUUUCAUUGACAGUGUCCGCAAACUUGUUGAACACCGACGCCGACAGUGUCAGCAAAUUGACAAACAAUUGAUGGCCAAUACCACCGAUGCUGCCGAUGAUGACAACGAUAACGAUGACUACAAUCACAAAGAUUUUUUGCAGGUCUUCCUCGACUAUCGUCACAAUAAAUCCGAUGAUAAUAAUCAUAAUAAUAAUAAUAAUAAUAAUCGUCUAAUAGAUGAAGAGAUUAUCAGUUUAUUUUAUGUAACAUUUUUAUCGGGUUUUGAACCAAUGUGUCUGAUGUUGACAAUGUCGGUGUACGAGUUGGCCAACAAUCCAGACAUUCAGCGUAGACUAUACGAUGAGUUGACCAGUGAUAGGACUGACAACAACAACAAGGGUAGUACCGAUUUGUCGGAUCUAACGUAUCUGAAUGCUGUACUGAUGGAAAUAUUGCGCAAAUAUCCGGCAAUUAUUACCAAUAGACGGGCAACAGAGGACAUCCAUUUACCCGAUGUUGACCUAUCGGUGCCCAAGGGUACUGAUAUUGACCUAUCGUUUAUAUCCAUGUACUACAAUCCACAAUACUUUCCCGAUCCCCAGGUCUACAAUCCGGAUCGGUUUAUGCCCGAGUCGGCCGAUAAACUGGUCAAACAUUCGUUCAUUCCGUUCGGUUCCGGUCAAGUUGUCUACUGUGUCGGCGAACGGUUUGCCAGAGUAUUAAUGAAACACGUAUUGAUUGCAUUGGUCCGGACACUAGAGUUCAAGCCGUGUGUGUCGGUCACCGCAAAACCCGUCGCCAAUCUGUUCAAAAUGUUUCCCGACUUAUUGCUACCGAAUUCGUUAGAUAUUGAAUACAAGAUUAGAAAAUUUUAA